AUGUGGAAGGAACAGAAGUUGUAUGGACUGAAGAAAGGGCAUGGACAGAAGAAAGGGCAUGACAAGAAGAAAAGGGAAUGGACAGAAGAAAGGGCAUGGACAGAAGAAAGGGCAUGGACAGAAGAAAAGGGAAUGGACAGAAGAAAGGGCGUGGACAGAAGAAAGGGCAUGGACAGAAGAAAGGGCAUGGACAGAAGAAAAGGGCAUGGACAGAAGAAAAAGAAUGAACAGAAGAAAGGGCAUGGACAGAAGAAAGGGCAUGGACAGAAGAAAGGGCAUGGACAGAAGAAAGGGCAUGGACAGAAGAAAAGGAAUGAACAGAAGAAAGGGCAUGAACAGAAGAAAAGGAAUGAACAGAAGAAAGGGCAUGGACAGAAGAAAGGGCAUGGACAGAAGAAAGGGCAUGGACAGAAGAAAAGGAAUGAACAGAAGAAAGGGCAUGAACAGAAGAAAAGGAAUGAACAGAAGAAAGGGCGUGGACAGAAGAAAGGGCAUGGACAGAAGAAAGGGCAUGGACAGAAGAAAAGGAAUGGACAGAAGAAAGGGCAUGAACAGAAGAAAAGGAAUGGACAGAAGAAAGGGCAUGGACAGAAGAAAAGGAAUGGACAGAAGAAAAGGAAUGGACAGAAGAAAAGGAAUGGACAGAAGACAGGGCAUGAACAGAAGAAAAGGAAUGGACAGAAGAAAGGGCAUGAACAGAAGAAAAGGAAUGGACAGAAGAAAGGGCAUGGACAGAAGAAAAGGAAUGGACAGAAGAAAAGGAAUGAACAGAAGAAAGGGCAUGGACAGAAGAAAGGGCAUGGACAGAAGAAAGGGCGUGGACAGAAGAAAGGGCAUUGA